CCUGGCUGGGCCAAAGCUCACAAUCGGCGCUGUCUCAGUGGGUCCCACCCCGCCCCCUGCUCUGGCCUGGCCGCGCCCUCGCCUUGCGCGGGGCCCGGGACCCAUGGACACGCGCGCCCCUCCCUGCUGCACACUAGCCAGCUGGCCCGCUCUGCUGGAAGAGACGCUGGUCAAUUCUGGGUCCACAAGUCGGACUCCCAGAGCCCAAGGUCACGACUGGGUACCGCGCCAGGUGACAGAGAACGAUCCGGGUCCUCCGAGACCCCCUCACGGGCCCAGAGGAAUUGCUGCCGAGAGAUCUGCUGCUCUUGAUAGUCCCCGCUCUUAAGAGUUUUUUUUUUUUAAGCCAGGAAAACAAGCAUCUUUAAGAAGCUGGUCAAAUAUGGCGUUAGCAGAUAAGAGACUUGAGAACUUGCAGAUCUACAAAGUUCUUCAGUGUGUUCGGAACAAAAACAAGAAGCAGAUAGAGAAGCUGAUCUGGCUUGGAUACCCUCAACUAAUCAACUUCACAGACUCUGUGGAUGGACUUAGUGCUCUGCACUUAGCUUCAGUUUCCAAUGACGUUGAUAUGGUUAGCUUUCUCCUUGAACUCGGAGCUCACCCUGAUGUGCAAGACCAUAAGGGCUGUACCCCAACAAUGAGGGCUGCUGAACUGGGCCAUGAGUUGUCGAUGGAAAUAUUAGCCAAAGCAAAGGCUGAUAUGACUAUAGUUGAUAAUGAAGGGAAAGGCAUUUUAUUUUACUGCAUUCUACCUACUAAGCGGCAUUAUCGCUGUGCUUUGAUUGCCCUUGAACAUGGUGCAGAUGUCAACAAUUCUACCUAUGAUGGAAAACCAGUGUUCCUUAGAGCCUGUGAAGAAGCCCAUGAUAUUAGAGAGAUGUGCCUGACGUUUUUGGAAAGAGGAGCUGAUCCAAAUGCUAUCAACUCAUCCACAGGUCGCACCGCUUUAAUGGAGGCAUCAAGAGAAGGAGUGACAGAAUUAGUUCGGGGAAUAUUGGAAAGAGGAGGUGCAGUGAAUACAUUGGACAGUGAUAGACAUCAUGCUGCUCAUUUUGCUGCCAAAGGAGGCUUUUUUGAUAUACUGAAGCUUCUUUUUGCUUACAAUGGAGACAUGGGGAUGAUCGCAAUGAAUGGGAACACACCACUUCAUUACGCUGCUAUGGGCGGUUUUACCAACUGUUGUAAAUAUGUAGCUCAGCGAGGAUGUGACCUGAAAUGGAAGAAUUUAGACCAUAAAACACCAAGGGCUUUGGCAAAAGAAGGUGGCUUCAAAGCAGCUAGCAAAGAAAUUCAUCGAGCAGAGCGAAUUGCUAAUAAACUGGCCAAACCAGGAGCCAAAAAUCCUAAUCCACUCUGGGCCCUCAGAUUACAUGAUUGGUCCAUAGAACAUGAGACUUUUCUUCGGGAAGUCUUUUCAUUUGUGGACAGAGGUGAUGGGUCAGUCACCAAGGAAGACUUUGUGAUGACCCUGGAGGAGAGGCAAGAGUACGCCAGCUCUGAACAGCUGUUUUCAAUAGCUCAACUUCAUGAAAAAUUCCAAGGAGGAGGGGUCAAUAUUAAUGAGUUCUUUAAAGGAACUAGAUACCUAAACAAGUCUUUUGUCUUGGGAUCUUAUGGACCUAAGAAAAAGAAAAAAGGGAUGGGCAAAAAGGAAAGGAAAGGCAAGUUUGUUAUACCCCUCCCAGUCUGCGUCAUUCCUGAUGAUGCAUUUCCACAUCGAUCAGAUGGUGGGCCUCCAUAUUACAUGAUUGAAACCUACCAGAAUGUAACUGAUUAUAGCCGGUUUAAUCAAGAUCACCCACCAGAACAUCCCAUGCAGGAUGAUUCUGCUUGGUACAUUGAUGAGCCAGGGAAGGUAUUUUCAAAUAUUAAUUUUAUCACCAAGGCAGGAGACCUAGCAUCUCUGAAAAAGGCAUUUGAAUCGGGAAUACCUGUGGAUAUGAAGGAUAAAUAUUACAAGACACCACUAAUGAUGGCAUGUGCAAAUGGAAACAUAGAUGUAGUCAAGUUUCUUCUUGAAAAAGGGGCGAAUAUUAAUGCAACAGACAAUUUUCUGUGGACCCCACUUCAUUUUGCAUGCCAUGCAGGCCAGCAAGACAUUGCAGAGCUUCUUGUUGAGUCCGGAGCUUCAAUAGAUGCACUUUCAAUCAACAACUCAACUCCUUUGAGUCGAGCUAUUGAAAGCUGUAGGAUGGAUACUGUAAAAUACCUACUUGAUAUCGGUGCUAAAUUUCAGCUGGAAAAUAGAAAAGGUCACACUGCCAUGGAUAUUGCAAAAGCUUAUGCUGAUUAUAGAAUAAUUGAUCUGAUUAAAGAAAAGUCAGAUAACUUGCCAAAACCUCCAGAAAAUCAAAAACUGAAAGCCAAGCCACCCCCUAAACUGAAGACUGAAGGCCCUGAAAUUAAGAAAGAAGAGGAAGCACUUUCAUCACUUUAUGCUGUACCAACCAUAACAAAAAAGAAGAACAGGCAUAAAGAUAAUGUGGUUUAUCUCAAUUCAUUGAUUACCAGUGGUUAUACCAAGAAAGUGGAUAUCACGUUUGUUCCACGAAGGGUUUGGAGUCCUGAAGCCACAACCCCAGAGCUGGUCCAGAAGCGGGAACUGCGUCGGGAAAGACUUAGUUAUGAAGUGGACUUUGAGGAUUUCAUGAUGCCUUUUCAGAAGAACAUGACAGAGAAAGCUCAAGCUUUGGAAGCUACCUUGAAGAGUUAAAUCACAGCAGUUGCAUCUUGGGAUAAAUGCUUUGAAACCCAGGGACCAAACUUUGGAGGAAGUAGAUAUUUCCAUUAAAGCCAAAAUCAAUUUGAAA